GCUCAACUGUCUCGGCGUCUUUUCGUUCGUUCUUUACAUUAUACCUAUUCAUUUGUUCUAGACACUUAAUUCGACAGCAAAAUGCAGUGAACGAUUGUCCAGUCUCGGCCAUCACUGCUUUCAAAACUCCUGCAUUACUCUUGCUACUUUCGUCUACUUCAAUACACCUGCUCGCAUAUUGAUCCGAUCGUCCGUCGCACUGCGCAAAUCUUGAAUCCAAAGCAAUCAAGAAUAACUACUAGCCAGAUCGCUCACUUACAACUUAUCACUAAUCCCUACACCUGUAUUUAAUAUAUCAAUAUGGACCAAAGCGAAAUUAACGAACUGCAUGAGAUACAAACCAACGAAAUCGAAGCCUUAAAGGCUAUCUUUAUGGAUGAUUUCAAAGAAGUAGAAGAGAAGAAAACAGCUUGGAAUGUUGCGACCAAAACCACUGAGUUCGUAAUACAUUUAACACCAAGUGAGGAAGAGCAUGAAACGGCUCACACCAGUAUUGAUCUCAACGUUAGACUUCCCAAGACUUAUCCAAAGCGAAUGCCUGAAUUGCGAUUGCUGAACCCUCAUGGACUUCUUCCUGCAACAGUACAAGAACUGCGUAGUUCCCUACAGCCUAUAUGCAAAAAUCUACUCAACCAAGAAAUGAUUUUCGAUAUUACCGAUCACAUUAAAACCUUCCUAUCAGUUCAUAACAAACCGCCUUCUGAAGCAAGCAAGCUCAGCUUCUACGAACAGAUGGUUAUCAGACAGCAUGAAGUUUCUAAGGCAGUGGAAGAAGAGGCAAUGCGAGAAAAGUCAAGGUUGGAAAAAGAAGAAGAAGAGGAACGACGAGCGCAAUCUGACAUGAUAAACGCCAAAAUUCAGGAAGAUAUACAGCGGAAGAGGGAGCAUGCUAGACUCAUAGAUCAGCGACGUAAAGAACUAGAAUAUGAUGCUGGUAGCGAUAGUGACUCCGACUCUCAUUUUCGCCAAAACAAUAACGACAAUGAUCAUGCGAGCAACCACUAUGAGGACUUCAAGCUAAUUUCAUUCGAUAAUAUGAUUGAGCUGGGACUUGAAGAUGAUGGAGACGGGAGUCUGGGAGCUUUCCAGAAGACUGUGUUAUUUCGCUCCGUUAUGCUCGGGCCAUGCAUUGGAUCUGGUUCUAUCAGCAGAACGUACACUGCCACACCCUAUCGAUAUCAAAUUAACGAACCAUCUGGCGAUGUAUCUACCAAACAAGACUUGGACUUGGGAUGUAAAUUGGUCAUCAAGCAGAUCAAUGUGACCUCCUCAUACUACAUGACACAAAAUGGCAAGAAAAAGAUGCAAGAAAUUGAAAGAGAACUUGAGCGGUUAAAAACUCUCCGGCAUGCCCACAUUGCAUGUAUCUAUGAGUCCAAGUUGGAGCGUCAAAGUAGCCUCAAUCAUCAUGCCUGGUCAUUUCAAAUUUUGAUGGAAUAUCAGGAGGGGGAUACGCUUCAGAGUUUACUGGAAAAGUGUGGUGGAGGAAUUCGACUAGCAACAUGCCGAAAAUACCUGAAGCAGCUUUUGUGGGCUGUCAAUCAUGUCCAUCUCAGUGGCUUCGUUUGUCGCGAUAUAUGUUCAUCCAGCAUAUUCUUUGAUACACACCAGAAUGUCAAAUUAUCCAACAUAAGUUAUGUUCAAAGGCUCCAUGAUCUACACCAUUCCAACCCUCUAGACGAUAAGUUAGCUCCAGUGACUAAUAGUGAUAGAUCUCGGAAUUGGACUUCACCCGAACUGAAAGAUAAGCCAGGAUCCUAUGGACGUAAGAACGACAUAUGGUGCCUUGGUAUCGUCUUUUUGGAGAUGUUAUGGGGCCAAGAUGUCACCAAAGAGUUUGGCAGUGUAGAGGCCUUUUUCAGAGUGGUAGAGCAUGAUAUUCCAGAGUCAGUUCGCCAUUUCGCAAUGAAGAUGUUCGAACCAGACGCCAGGAAGCGACCCACUGCUGUCGACCUCUCCAAUGAUCCUUUCUUCGCGGAUGAUAAAACUACAUCACCUUCUGGCAUUGAUUUCUCCACCCGAUACCCUGUCAAUGCGCUUUCCCAGCAUCCAAAACGACCAGUAGCAGCCUAUCGAGAUAAAAAAGCACAGUCAAAGCAAGUAAUGCUUUUUGACCCACCUGCAAAUUCAAGCAUGUCACCUUUCUCGCAUUCUCCUGCCAUCAGCCAAGCUCAGGAAUACCGAAGACGCUAUGACGACAACAAUCCACCAAACGACGCUGAUCAGUAUGGUUAUGGCACCGGUAGUGGAUCUCGUUAUAAGGCUGAUUUUGAAGAAAUUGAAUUUCUCGGAAAAGGAGGCUUUGGAGAAGUGGUUAAAGCUCGCAACAAAUUAGAUGGCAGAUUCUAUGCUAUCAAGAAAAUUCGUCUGGAUCCUCGAGAUAAUGAAGAUAUCCGCAAGAUUCUUCGAGAAGUACAAACAUUGUCCAGCCUUCAUCAUCAAUACGUCGUUCGCUACUACACAACUUGGUUUGAAGAUGAGGAUGGUAAUUGGAGAGAUAGCGACACUGAGGGUGACUCUUAUUCCGGUGAAGAUUCCGACUUUGAUGAAGACGAUGAAGAUGGUGAUCUAAGCGUCAUGCCCAAACGCUAUGACUUUUUAUCAACAGAGAGAUCUCAUAGUAAAAGCUAUUCUGCCAUCCAAUUUGAAGAAACGUCGGAUGAUUCCAACGAUGACAGCAUCCCCAAUGAAGGGGACGAUGAUCAUAUAUCAUUUGUUGCUUCAGAUAACAGUACCGAUCGCUCAAAGAUAUCGAGAGCCAAGCUGGCAAUUCGGAAUCACAAACGCAGAUCAGGUUCAAGAACAAACACCUCUAGCGAAGAAUCCAAACGGUCAUCUCGAAUACGAGUAUUGUACAUACAGAUGGAAUAUUGUGAAAAGAAGACUCUUCGAGAUAUUAUAGACGAAGGGUUAGACGAACAAGAAGGCUGGAGAUUAUUCCGGCAAAUCUUGGAAGCGCUAGUGCACAUUCAUUCGCAAGGCAUGAUUCAUCGAGAUCUCAAACCUUCCAAUAUUUUCUUGGACUCCAAUAACGAUGUGAAGAUUGGUGACUUUGGCCUAGCUACUUCGAACCAAACUCUCAUAGAAGCUGUCUCAGCGUUUGCACGAAACCAUCACGAUACAUUGCAUACGCUGACCACAAAAAUGCACGAUCAUAGCAUGGAUGGGACAGUAACCUCCGCUAGUGGCGCAACCUGGAAUCACAAUUUGGACGAAAGCAUGACCACAGGGGUUGGAACUACCUUCUACGUUUCUCCUGAAGUCCUUCCGGAUCCUUCGAAAGGUGCAUCUCCCGGUAUGCGAUAUAAUCAAAAAGUCGAUAUGUUUUCGCUCGGUAUCAUCUUCUUUGAAAUGUGUUAUCCGCUUCACACGGGUAUGCAGCGUGCCAUGGUCCUUCAAGAUCUUCGCAACGGCAAAUUUCCAGAUGACUUCAAUCCAAAUUAUGUCAACCAGAAAGACAUCAUCCAAAUGCUUACAUCAUCGCAACCUAAGGAUCGGCCAAACAGUUUUGAACUACUUAGAAGUGAUCUACUGCCUCCAAAAUUGGAAGAUGAAUACAUCAACGAGUGUGUUCGUACCAUUGCAAAUCCCAACACUCCUUACUACCACAAACUGAUGUCAGCAAUGUUUUCGCAAUCAUCCGAUCGAUACAAGGAUUUUACAUACGAUUAUCAAACCGAGGUGGAAAAACCUUUCGAUCCAUUCAAUCCACUGUUUUAUGAUCGCAUUCGCGAGCAUAUGUUGAAGGUAUUUCGAAAACAUGGAGCUAUUGACAUUUCUGUGCCUCUCUUGAUGCCCAAAAAUGACUUGUACGAAAACGGAUGGAGGAACCCGGUCCAUUUAAUGGAUUCGCAGGGUGCAUUGAAUCAGCUGCCAUUUGACUUGACCGCCCCAUUCGCGCGCUACAUUUCUCGUAAGAAGAAUUUCCCGGAAGUCAAACGGUAUACCUUUGACCGAGUAUAUCGUGAAAACCCCAGUGGCGGACAACCUGAGGCAGUUCUUGAAGUGGACUUUGAUAUUGUGCAUCGUGAAACCACCUCCAUGGUACCAGACGCGGAAAUUAUCAAGAUCGUGGAAGAAGUACUGGAAGACCUCCCUCCGUACAAAAAUGGUGCUUUCUAUUUUAUCAUCAACCAUGCCAACAUCACUGAUGCGAUUCUAGAAAGCUGUCGAAUCCCUUCAGAUAUGCGGCGUGGUGUGCUGACGGCUUUGUCAAGUUUAGGUAGAGGACCGUCUUUCGCCAAUGUCAGAAAUGGGCUAAAACUCAAGUUCCAACUUCAGCGUAGCACGCUGGAUGAGCUGUCGUUAUUCAAUGUCAGCGGAGAUCUAGAGUCUGUGUCUCGCAAAUUAGAGACUCUAUUUGUGGGUCCCCUAAGAGCAAAGUACAAGGAAGCCAUCACAGAACUACGCCUGCUUGUGGCUCAUGCCAAAGCACUUGGUGUACGCCACAAACUGGUUUUCCAACCGCUUCUAGUAUAUAACAAUCACUUUUACAAGAAUGGCAUGGUCUUUGAAGCCGUUGUGGAUACGAUUGAUAUGAAGAAAAAAGAUGUCCUUGCGGUCGGUGGCAGGUACGACUUUUUGGUUCAACAAUUUUCGCCACCAAACGUCAUGCCGAGCAGAAAUCUCAAAGCGGUUGGCGUCAAUAUUGCGAUACAAAAGCUUAUUCGCCACCUUGACAUAUACCAAACUGAGCAAAUCAAACUCUUGAUGAAUGUGAAGAAUGAUAAAGCUCGCAGCUUUGGUAUUUGGGCACCGAAAAAGUGCGACGUUUACGUGGCCAGCUUUGGUAAAGUUUUACUCCAAGAGAGGUUCGAUGUUGUACGCGAACUCUGGAGCCAUGGUAUCAGGGCUGAACUGCAAUACGAUGAUCGCAACGAUCCAGAUUAUCCUGAAGAACUGUUUGCACGGUGCCGAAAAUCUAGUAUUAACUGGGUGGUACUCAUUAAACACAGAAUUCACGAUUCCAAAGCCAGUGCUAGAGAUAAUGCUACUGUCAAAGUAAAGGAUAUCUUGAGGAAAACUGAAUAUGAAGUACCGAGAUCCGAGCUAGCUUUUUGGUUGGUUACUGAAAUCGGCGAACAACGCCGAAUCGAUCAUGGACAGUCCCUCUCCAAGAUGCGCAAGCAUGAUAUCAAAAGCAAAGAAGUUAAUGAUACCCCCAAAGCUCUUCGUCAUGAAUAUCACCAUCAGCAACAUGAUAUGUCCAAAGGAGAUUUGACUGACUCUUCCCGCACUGAAUUUGACAUUCAGAUAAUUAGAAAUGAAACUCGUGGAAAGUCUCACAGCAAGUUGAAGCACAAACAGAAGAAUAUGUUAAUGGAUAAGGCGGUUGACAAGAUAACUCCAGUUCUGGAAGACAUGAAACGUGGCCAGGUGCCUAUCAUCGUUUUGGAUCUACCAAAGAGCACAGUGGAAAAAAUGUCGAGCUACCGCUUUUGGGAAGAUGAAGGCUUCAAGAAGAUUCAAGAAGACAUCACUCUGAGCCAACGAGAGAUCAUCGAACGAACGAGAAAGGAAUUUCAAAAGCUGAUGGAGAACAAAAGGCAAACGAUAUGGAUCUAUUCCUACUCUGAUAAUUAUGCUAGCCUUUGCAUGCUUUGAAAAUUGUACAGUAUCUUUUUUAUGUAAUUUACGGCGGAAACAAAAGUUCGAGCAAUCAUACAUAUUGUGUACAUUGGGUCUUCAACACCGGAACUUGAGUUUUUUAUCCUCCAUUGAUAUGGUGUAAAGUAUCUUAUGCAUCCAUAAUACUUGCAUCUACUCAAAAAUUAGAACGCAACCCCAUUUUAUAAAACUCUAUGAAUAAGUUCACAAGA